AUGCAAUUUAUAUAUGUCUUAUCUGGCUGGGAGGGUUCAGCUCAUGAUGGCCGAGUUCUUAGGGAUGCAAUAACAAAGCACAAUGGAUUAAUGGUUCCAAAUGGAUUUUACUAUUUGGUGGAUGCUGGAUAUGCAAAUUGCCCUGGAUUUCUUGCGCCUUUUCGAGGACAACGGUAUCAUUUGAGUUCUUGGGAUGAUGGACGCCAACCACGUACACCUCAAGAGUUCUUUAAUAUGAAACAUGCAAGUGCUAGGAAUGUAAUUGAGAGGACCUUUGGUCUUCUAAAAAUUCGCUGGAAAAUUCUAUCAAGCCCAAGUUUUUAUAAUAUAGCAACCCAGCGACGUAUCAUUAAUGCAUAUUGCUUAUUGCAUAACUUUAUUAGAAAAGAGAUGACUGAAGAUCCUGCAGAAAAUGAACUUGAGCUUCUGCAUUCGGAGGAGGACAUGCAAGAUGAUCACGAGAAUAUUACGAGUUGUUGA